CUCUCAUUCUCUGUUUCUUUUGUGAUUGUGAGUGAGAUCUAGAGGAGGAAGCAGAAGCAAAGCAAUGGCAGGCAUGGGAGGAGCAGGACCAGAUCACCUCUUCAACCUCCGAAACACGUUUUACCUCGGAGCUUAUCAAACGGCGAUCAACAACAGCGAGAUCCCCAACCUCUCGCCGGAAGACGCCGUGGAACGCGACUGCCUCGUCUUCCGCUCGUACAUCGCCCUCGGUAGCUAUCAGCUUGUCAUCAGUGAGAUCGAUGAAGCCGCCGCAACUCCAUUGCAGGCAGUCAAGCUCCUCGCUAUGUAUCUAUCGAGUCCUGAUAAUAAGGAAUCAACCAUUUCAAGCUUGAAGGAAUGGUUGGCCGAUUCAACAAUAGGAAACAAUGCUAUCUUAAGAUUGAUUGCUGGUACUAUUUUCAUGCAUGAGGAAGAUUAUAAUGAAGCUUUGAAACACACUCAUGCGGGAGGAACUAUGGAUCUGCAUGCUUUGAAUGUCCAGAUAUUCAUUAAGAUGCACAGAUCAGAUUACGCUGAGAAGCAGCUUAGAGUGAUGCAACAGUAUGACGAAGACCACACUCUCACCCAACUUGCUACCGCAUGGUUGAACCUGGCAGUGGGUGGCUCGAAGAUACAAGAAGCUCAUCUCAUUUUCCAGGAUUUCUCUGAGAGGUACCCGAUGACAUGCUUGAUUUUGAAUAGCAAAGCAGUUUGCUGUAUGCAAAUGGGUAACUUUGAUGAAGCUGAAUCGCUACUACUUGAAGCACUCAACAAGGAUGCUAAAGACCCAGAAACUCUUGCAAACCUUGUCGUCUGCAGUCUUCAUGUUGGCAAAUCGUCUUCACGUUACUUAAGCCAGCUGAAACUAUCACACCCUGAACAUGUGCUUGUGAAGCGUGUAUCAUCAGCCGAAGAUAACUUCGAGAGAGCACUUCAAUCUAUCGCUUGAAGACUCUUCCAUGGUUUCAAGCUUUGCAGGAUCAUUUUGCUUUACCACAUAUUUUCCCGGGUUGGUAAAUCCACCAGAACAACCAAACCGUUUUUUCUUUUUGGAAUCAGUCUAUGAAUCAGAUUUUGCCUUUGAGUAUGUUACGUUUACCAUCUCGUUGCUUUUAAAUAUAAAGCUCCACAUA